AUGGGCGAGGCAGCGGCGGCGGCGGCGGCGUCGGGAAUCAAAUCAGCCUGGACUGGACGUGUGGAACCGACUGAUGACCAGUGGGGGCCGGGCUUGGGCGAAACGGCGGCUGGAUUCGCCGAGGGAAGCCAUGGAUGGAGAUCGGGCGCCGUGCAAGUGGCAGUGAUUGGCGGUGGGUUUCAUGAUCUUGAUGAUCGUCACGAAAGGCUUGACAGGUAUGCAGAUGCCGAUUUGGGUUAUUCGGAAUGGAUCGAUCAGGUGCGAUCAGGUGAGCGGGUGAGGCCAGCAAGGCAGCAAAUCAACCCGAACAGGGCUAGUGGCCAGGCACCAACAAUCGCCCACAAUCUCCGAAUUGCCUCUUCAUCGCAGCAUCCAUCAGAGACGACGGGAUAUUGCACUUUCCUUGUGGAUAAAAGCUCGCGUCAUGAGAUAUGA